AAUAGUCCGAGCGUCUAUCGAUGGCUUGCCUCAUGCAUAGACGGGCUGGUCACCGCGCCUAUGUGCUAGCUCCCACUUUCCGGUCGACAGCGGCCCGGCCCCGUGAUAUAUCAAAUAUCUGGCUGGAUCUUGCUGUGCAGCCUGUGGAAAGAGUUCUGGAAUUCUCGUAACGGCAACAGCUUUCAAUCAAAAAGUUCCUCGCGAUGCUGACUUCGACGAUUUCUACAUAGAAAUAUGCACCUCCAUCGAUAUUUCUUGUGCCCUGGAUAAGUAUUUAACACGUGUGAUGAGACAAAGAUAACCGGAAGGCCGCAGCCAAUAUUGUCCGGAUUCCUUCUUUGUCCUAAACCUCCGUUAUUCCCUCUUGAUUAACGAACAUCAUGUCCCGGACGAUGUAUUCUUCAGGCCAGCGCGCACCUGGGCACAGACGACAGCGAUCAAGGACUUCAAGUGACCCCGGGCACCCAUCCGUGGCACCGCCGUUCAAAACGGCAGCCUAUGAAUGCCCCCACCGGACUCCCUCACGAAACUCCUCCGUAGAACGCGUGGGGGACCCAUUUGUCCCCUCACCAGGGUCUCUGCUUGCACAGAUGGAGGUGCACUCCUUGACGAACCCUGCCAAUCCAAUAUCUCCGGGUCCUAUCUCACCGUCACAUCAUCGGAGCCCUUCCAGGCAGAGCAACUUAUCUCAAACCCCCCUGAUACGAGACGUACCCCAGCCGCCUAGAACGGCACUCAACACCCCUCCAGCGAUACCCACACCACAGAUCGCCCCGUCCUAUGCCCCAAGCUUCCCUGUUCCCCAGCCAAAUUCCCCACCCUUUACUUCGGCUUAUCAGCAUCCAUACUUCCAUGGGACGGAACAUCAGGGAUCCAGUCACAGCGUCCGACAGGGUGUGAAUCAGGGUGUGAAUGCAGCCCAGAAUACACGUCCGGGAGCACACCCAGGCACACAGAAUGCACAUCGUGGCAUGCAGCAAAAUAGCAUUUAUCACAGUCAUAACGGCUCUCAUCAUAGUACACACCAUCGUUCUCGUUCUCAUUCGCGCCCUCCAAGUGCAGCAUCGCACAGAUACGCGUCAAAUGUCACCCAGCCUAUGUAUGGUCAUGGUAGUUCCGUCACUCCGAACGGAUCACGCACCUCUCUCAAUGGUACACCUCCCAAGAACCAGUUAGCAGCUGCUGCACUCAGUCAUCGGAAUGCAUCAUCUUCUGACAUGUCCUCUCCUUCGGAUCACCCUUCGCUCAACCCAGGCCCAUCCAGCAGCCGGUCGCGGCCUCACGGCCGCACAGUCCCUGCUGCUCAACUGGCACCAAGAAAACAAGAGGCUCAUCCUGAGCCACCCCCUGUUAUUCCCGCAGAACUGCUUCACCACACGACGCAGCGCCCGCCGCUGCCAAAUAUGCCUGCCGGACAUAUCCAGACUCGCUAUAUAAAUAUGCUUUUGGCACUUGAUGAUAUCCCGCAAAUGUUCAACAUGAUGGCAUCUUUCUUCACGUGGAUCCUACUUGCAGGAUUUGUUUUAUUCCCCGGAACAUUUACGUCCCUGCAACAGCAGCAACUCAGCGGUGUGGAAGCACAACUGUUGAAUGUAGUUUCUAAUAUACCACUUUAUGUCAUCGCAUGGAUUUGUACCGGUAUUGGCGGCGUCGGCAUGAUUUGGUUGUGGUGGAGAUGGCAAUUAAAUUAUAUUUGGAUUGUGAAUCGUAUCUUUGUGCCUGGCUUACUCAAUUCGCUCGCUGGUGUCAUCUCAGUACUUUCCAAUAUCUACGGCGUACAGCAUGGAACCUACAGCACAACAAGCGAGUCAGCAAUUAUUGUAACAGUUGCGGUUGCAGUCGUAUGUGGAUGUCUUAUUCUCCUUUAUCAGUUUUGGUUGCUGCGAAAUAUCAAGAAAGAACAUGACAGAGAAGUUGGUGUGGAGCAUGCUGGAGAGCACGGCGAAGGCAUUGUGGGGGAUGAGAGGAAGUAGAGGGUAGUAUGAAAACUAUUAUGGACAAUUUGAUGGUCAUUAGUUAUGUGAUUACGGGUUAUUGGGAUUUCAUAUGGACUCACUGGGUUGUAAACUAAUACAAGACUACCAACAAUCUGCAAAGUCAGUCGUUCAGAUAAGCACCAAGUCGGUGCGUCUUACAUACAGCGAUCCC